AUGUUUUAUGGUAACACUUUAGCAUUACUUGUUGACUGUUUGGAAAUUAUGGAGAAGGGGAGUAGGAUAACGGUUAUCUACAGGAUUUAUCCAUGGAGAAAUGAAACCUACAAAGAAGUUCUGUGUGAUAUGUACACCAUGGGAGGCGGGUGGACGGUUUUUCAAAAGCGGAUUGAUGGAUCUGUGUCGUUCUCCAGGAACUGGGCGGAAUAUCGUCAUGGUUUCGGGAAUGCCUCAACUGAAUAUUGGUUAGGAAAUGAUGCAUUAAAUGCAUUGACGUCGAACUCAUCUUCCCUGUACGUUAAAUUACAACAUAGAAAUGGACGCCAUUACUUCCAAUAUUACUCAGGCUUCCGGAUCACUGGCGCUGGUGAUGAUUAUAGGUUACGUCUGGGACCUUUUACCAACGGAACGGCAGGACACAGUACGGAAUCUAUCAAUAAUCAAACGUUUAAGACCCCGGAUCACUCUCCCCCAAUACGUUGUUUCCGUGAUUAUACAGAGGGUGGUUGGUGGUUUAAAAAAUGUCACUCAGCCUACUUAAAUGGAGUGUAUGGGUCAAGUAAAUGGCUGAAUCCUUGGAGUGGAGCAAUACGAUCUGGCACAGACUUUGCUUCAUCACAAAUGAUGACCAGAAGAAACAAAUAGUACAUUUUUGCGACUAUAAUGACAAGAUAUUGUAUCACUCUCAUAUCAAGUCUAUUUGUUUUGAUUAAAAAUGUAUGCUCUUUAUA